UCGUCAAUAUUUAAGUUAGCAAAGAAUGUCGAACCCAUUCUAGCGAUUCAUGAGGCCUGGUUUCCACACUUAUGAAACCAGAUUUUGAAGAUUUGAAAUUCACUUGUUACAAUUAUUUGGAUGCAUGGUAAUUUAUACUUGAAUUUCGGUUCGGCUGCCAGCUGCUCGGAUUUUAACACCUCGCAUUUACCCGAAUGUUUUUGUUGUCGGCAAUCCACUUGGAGACUUGCAAGAUGAGUUCCAUAUAUGAAGCGUGUUCCUUUUUUUUUUUUUUUGUUGUUUUGCUCAGCUUAGUUGUAGCAGGCGUUCAAUUUAUUAGUUAAAGCAUAUUUAAGUUGCAUGAGAAAUUCAACAAUUAGUUUUAUAAAAUAACACAAUGGCUGCUCCACACCAUCCACGUUCGCCUUUUACUCCCUGCUGCACAUCGAUUGCUACACAAACGGAUAGCUUGCCGGAUCUGUUCGAAUUGUUAUAUUGCGACGAUAAAAUGGUCUGGGAGACAUCGUACAAUGGAGCUGCUGAAUAUACACCUACCCCAAAGAGGUGUAGCAGGUGUCUUCUUUUUGUCAAAGAAGCAGAUAAGUUGGCCAAAGCUCCAAGCACCACCAGCGAAUUUAAUCCAUUGAAUCCCAUGAAAACAGCAUCACGACUCGCCAACAAAUCUCAAAUUAUACAGUACUAUCAAGUAAUUAUAAUUGUGGCUAUAGUCACUCUUGUUGUUAAUUGGAUUGCAGACGCAUUGUAAAUACUCCACCCACAAUUGUUGUUUCAUACGUUUAUUACACAUAAUUCACGUUUUCACUCUAUCAACUAAA